GCUGGGUCGGCCAGCGGGGAAGGGCUGGCCGGGGAUUGAUUUGACUUACAUCAUCUGAAAGUUGGGUUCUUGGAUUUCUAGUACCAUGUCAGGUGGAAGAGUCCGAACGAAGAAAAAGGCCACAGCUUUAGAUCAAGCACCUGACAACCUUCCAUUGAGAAGUUCAGGGAGGCAGGUGAGGAAAAAGGCAGCAGAGGCAGCUGAGGAGGAUGAAGAAAUAUCAGAGAAGAAAUAUCGGAAAUGUGAAAAAGCGGGGUGUACUGCAACAUGUCCGGUCUGCUUUGCUAGUGCUGCUGAAAGAUGUGCUAAAAAUGGCUACACAUCAAGGUGGUAUCAUCUGUCCUGCGGGGAACAUUUCUGUAACGAAUGUUUUGAUCAUUACUACAGAAGUCAUAAAGAUGGUUAUGAAAAAUACACCGCGUGGAAAAGGAUCUGGACCAGUAAUGGAAAAAGUGAACCCAGUCCUAAAGCUUUUAUGGCUGAUCAACAGCUUCCUUACUGGGUUCAGUGUACAAAGGCGGAAUGUGGGAAGUGGCGUCAGUUGACAAAGGAAAUUCAACUUACCUCACAAAUAGCCAAAGCAUAUCGCUGUGGCAUGAAACUGAACAGUUCUACUAAGGUGGAAGGCUCAGACCAGUGCACCAUGCCUGAGGAUCUGAGAGUUGCUGAAGUUUCAGAUCACUGGUGGUAUUCCAUGCUUAUCCUUCCUCCCCUGUUGAAGGACAGUGUGGCUGCUCCAUUACUGUCUGCAUACUAUCCAGACUGUGUGGGUAUGAGUCCCUCUUGCACCAGUACUCACCGAUCGGUUAGUGAAUCCAGUGUGAUAAAAAUGGAGAACUUAAAGACUCCACCUUCCAUAGCCGGGAUGAACAAAUACUUCCAGCCUUUCUAUCAGCCCAACGAAUGCGGUAAAGCCUUGUGUGUAAGGCCAGAUGUCAUGGAAUUAGAUGAACUCUAUGAGUUUCCAGAAUAUUCCCGGGACCCCACCAUGUACCUAGCGCUGCGAAAUCUCAUUCUGGCCUUGUGGUACACAAACUGCAAAGAACCUCUAACCCCUCAGAAAUGUACUCAUCACAUAAUUGUUCGAGGACUAGUACGCAUUCGCUGUGUUCGGGAGACAGAAAGAAUCCUUCAUUUUAUGACCAGGAAAGGUUUGAUUAAUACAGGAGUUUUAUCAGUUAAUCGAGACCAAGCCCUGCUUCCCAAAGACUACCACAAUAAAUCUGUAAUAGUGGUUGGAGCUGGCCCAGCAGGUUUAGCAGCUGCAAGACAACUUCAAAAUUUUGGAAUUAAAGUCCUUGUGCUUGAAGCAAAGGAUAGAAUUGGCGGACGAGUAUGGGACGAUAAGACUUUCAAGGGGAUCAUUGUGGGAAAAGGAGCUCAGAUUGUGAAUGGCUGUAUCAACAAUCCUAUAGCACUAAUGUGUGAGCAAUUGGGCAUUAAAAUGCACAAAAUUGGAGAGAAGUGUGACUUGAUCCAAGAAGGUGGAAGGAUAACAGAUCCUGCAAUAGAUAAGCGCAUGGAUUUUCAUUUCAAUUCUAUCCUUGAUGUUGUGGCAGAUUGGAGAAAAGAUAAAAGUCAACAUCAAGAUAUUCCACUUGGAGAUAAAAUUCAGGAAAUCUAUAAAGUUUUUAUUCAGGAAUCCGGUAUCCAGUUCAAUGAACUAGAGGAAAAAGUGCUCCAGUUCCAUGUUAGCAAUUUAGAAUAUGCCUGUGGCAGUAACCUCCAUGAAGUUUCUGCACGGUCUUGGGAUCAUAAUGAAUUUUUUGCUCAGUUUGCUGGUGAUCACACCUUAUUGAAUUCAGGAUACUCAGCUAUAAUUGAAAAAUUAGCCGAAGGCCUGGAUAUUCGGUUAAAUGUUCCAGUCUGUAGUAUUGAUUACUCAGGAGAAGAGGUAAAAGUGACCACAACGGAUAGAACUCUGUGGACAGCAAAAAAGGUUCUAGUUGCUGUACCUUUAACUAUUCUUCAAAAACCAGCAAUUCAGUUCAAACCUGCUUUAUCAGAUAGAAAAAUGAAAGCUAUCAACAGUUUAGGAGCUGGAGUCAUUGAGAAGAUUGCACUACAGUUUCCUUACAGAUUCUGGGAGAGCAAAAUUCAAGGAGCUGAUUACUUUGGCCAUAUUCCACCUAAUUCAAACAAACGUGGACUCUUCAGUGUUUUCUAUGACGUGGACCCACAGCGUAAAUGCAGUGUUCUAAUGUCUGUAAUUACUGGAGAUGCUGUGGGAACAAUAAGGAAUUUAGAUGACAAGGAAGUACUGCAACAGUGCAUGACCGUGCUUCGGGAAUUGUUUAAGGAACAGGAAGUGCCAGAUCCGGUCAAAUAUUUCAUUACAAGAUGGAGCAAAGACCCUUGGAUCCAAAUGGCAUAUAGUUUUGUAAAGACAAGGGGCAGCGGUGAAGCAUAUGAUAUACUUGCUGAAGACAUACAGGGAAAACUCUUCUUUGCUGGAGAGGCCACAAAUCGGCACUUUCCGCAAACAGUUACAGGAGCCUACUUGAGCGGGGUUCGAGAAGCAAGCAAAAUAUCAGCAUUUUGAAUACUAGAGUUUACAUUUUAAAACAAAUUUUAACUCCACAUGGUGCUCAAAUUUGUGAAAACAAAAGACGGUUUUAAGCUACUUCAUUGUUUAUGCCUUGAAGAUGCACUUCAGUUUUAUCAGAAAAGCUUGUAACAGUAUCAUUGCUUCUGAGCAUUGCUGGCAGCUAGACAAGCUUAUUCAUCCCUUAUUUUUUCACCUGUAUUAGGAAAGGUAGAACUGUAAUAAACCUUAAAUAGUGGUAGAUGGACUGUCAAGUAGCUCAUAAGUUGAAUGUUUCUUCAAACGGAUAGUAGGUUUCUCCAAUCAAGUCUAGGGUGGGAAAAAAAACCUCUUAAGAAAUGGUUAUAAAUAUAAACAUGGAGGCCUUUGGUACCAUUCAGUUAUAUAUUAUGCAUAAACAAUCAUAACAUUUAUUAUUGACCUGCAAAACAUGACAUAAAAACAACUGUGUGAAGCUUAGUAUUUGCUGAUCAUGUAAAUGGACUAACAAAAAUAUGUGGACAUUUCCUUUCUGUCCAGUUACAGUUUAGAUAAUCAGAACUCUAAUUAAGGAAGUGUAAUGGAAAUAGGCAACUCUGACAACUUUUUUUGGCUUAAAAUUGGAGUUUUUGAAAAGUUAAAUGAUGUGACAUCUCCCAGAAGAAAACAAAUUUAAGAUGAUGUAAUAACAUAUUAUGUUGUACAGUGACAAUUUCAGCAUAAAUUGCCAACAUAAAUAUCUG